AUGAGCCCACCCCGAGGAGACAUGGGGCCACUACAGUGCAUUGGACUGGCUGCUCUCAUCCUCUGCACAGAGGAGGAGGAGGUGGAGGAGGAGGAGGAGGUGGAGGUGGAGGAGGAGGAGGUGGAGGAUGAGGAGGAGGUGGAGGAGGAGGAGGAGGUGGAAGAGGAGGAGGAAGAGGAGGUGGAUAUGGAGGAGGAGGAAGAGGUGGAGGAGGAGGAAGAGGAGGUGGAGGAGGAGGAGGAGGUGGAGGAGGAGGAGGUGAAGGUGGAGGAGGAUGAGGAGGAGGUGGAGGAGGAUGAGGAGGAGGUGGAGGUGGAGGAGGAUGAGGAUGAGGAGGAAGAGGAGGUGGAAGAGGAGGAGGUGGAAGAGGAGGAGGUGGAAGAGGAGGAGGAGGUGGAGGAGGAGGAAGAGGAGGUGGAGGAGGAGGAGGUGGAGGUGGAGGAGGAGGAGGUGGAGGAGGAUGAGGAGGAAGAGGAGGUGGAAGAGGAGGAGGUGGAAGAGGAGGAGGAGGUGGAGGAGGAGGAGGAGGAGGAGGAAGAGGAGGUGGAGGAGGAGGAGGAGGUGGAGGAGGAUGAGGAGGAGGUGGAGGAGGAGGAAGAGGAGGUGGAGGAGGAGGUGGAGGAGGAGGAGGAGGUGGAGGAGGAUGAGGAGGAGGUGGAGGAGGUGGAGGAGGUGGUGGAGGAGGAGGAGGAGGAGGAGGUGGAGGAGGAUGAGGAGGAGGUGGAGGAGGAUGAGGAGGAGGAGGAGGAGGAAGACGAGGAGGAGGAGGAAGAGGAGGAGGAUGAGGAGGUGGAGGAGGAAGAGGAGGUGGAGGAGGAGGAGGAGGAGGUGGAGGAGGUGGAAGAGGAGGAGGUGGAGGAGGAGGAAGAGGAGGAGGAGGAGGUGGAGGAGGAGGAGGAAGAGGUGGAGGAGGAGGAGGUGGAGGAGGAAGAGGUGGAGGAGGAGGAAGAGGUGGAGGAGGAAGUGGAGGAGGAUGAGGAGGAAGAGGAGGAGGAGGAGGUGGAGGAGGAAGAGGUGGAGGAGGAGGAAGAGGUGGAGGAGGAAGUGGAGGAGGUGGAGGAGGAGCUCAUCUGCUCUGAGAGUUUGGGAGAGACGUCUGUGGUGUGUUGUGUAGAGGUUUGUGGUGUGUUGUGUAGAGGUUUGUGGUGUGUUGUGUAG